UCUAUCAAACCCUCUCCCACCCAUCCAGAUAGGAACACUAAUCUUAGCUUUCUUCUCCAAAUAUUCACUACUCUCCAUUACCUAGCUAGCUAGCUAAUUAUUGAGUAGUUUUAGUUAUAUAUUAUGGCGCCGCCACCUUCUUUUAAUUGUGAGUUAAACACAGUUUGUGUGAUGGAUGCCUCCUCCUACUUGGGUUCACUCUUGGUCCGCCGACUCCUCCAUAGAGGCUACACCGUCCACGCUGCAAUUCAAACCCCCCAUGCUUUUGCUGUGGGUGGUGAAGAGGCGUUAGCACCAUUGAAUGUGGUAUUGGAAUGGGAGAACAAUGAGAAAGUGAAGGUAUUUGAGUUGGACCUAUUUGAUUACCAUAGCAUAGUUGAUGCUUUGAAAGGAUGCUGUGGUUUGUUCUACUCCUUUGAGCCUCCCUUGGAUCACUCUACCUAUGAUGAAUACAUGGGAGAAGUGGAGGUAAGAGCAGCACAUAAUGUAGUGGAGGCAUGUGCUCAAACCGACAGCAUAGACAAGGUUGUGUUCACUUCAUCAGCCACUGCAAUUAUAUGGAACUCUACUCAUGCUGAUAAAAGAUCUUCAGAUCUUGAUGAAAGGCAUUGGAGUGACAUCAAUUUUUGUCGCAAUUUCAAGUUAUGGCACGCGCUGUCGAAAACGGUUGCGGAGAAAAGCGCGUGGGCGUUGGCAAUGGACAGAGGGGUGAACAUGGUUUCGGUCAACGCGGGACUUGUGCUGUCUCCUGAUCUAACGAUCACAAACCCUUAUCUGAAAGGAGCAGCGGAGAUGUACGAAGAUGGAGUGUUUGUGACCGUCGAUCUUGAUUUCUUGGUGGAUGCCCACGUUAGCGUGUACGAGGAUGUCUCAACAUACGGUCGAUAUUUGUGCUUUAAUCACACCAUAAAUCACACCGCGGAAGCUGCUAAACUUGCCCAAACCUUGAAUCCUUCGUCUUCACAUCUUCCAAGGUGCGAGGAUGAGACAAGGAUAAUUGAACAAAGGAUAAGCAACAAGAAAUUGAACAAAGUGAUGGUUGAUUUUGACAGAGGAAGCCAUGUCCAAGUGGACUGAACAUACAACAUGCUCCGGAAACAUGUCCAAAGACAUUUAAUACUAGGAACAAAAAACAAAAAAAGGUGGCAUAAUGCAAGGCAUGUAAUCAUGGGUGAAAGUCAAAAGCUACGUUGUAGAUAGAAGCAAGAAAUAGGCAUGUGAAAUUAGUAAAAUAAGUGGAUGGCUUUGAGGCAGCACAAUAAUAUCAAUUAUUAUACUAUA